UGAAAUAAGAGAAGAAAAGUAAACCCUAUAUUAAAUCUACCUCCCUUACACACUAAAACACACUAAACAAAGCAAGAGGCAAUUUAAAAACAGAGCAUGUUGAUUGCUCUCUCCUCUUUGAGAGCUCAACUGGAGGAGUGAGAAAACUCAAAACAUCUCAAACUUCAAAAAUCAAACAAAACUAUGAAAAACAGAGUAUUUCAAAUGGCAAUUCCUCUGUUUAUUGCAGCUUUAAUGGCUGCCAUUCUUUCACCAUUAUCAGCAGUUUCAUUGUCAAAAGGAUCAUUUAAAGAUAACUUUGACAUAAUGUUUUCUGAAAGUAAUUUCAAGACUUCUGAAGAUGGGCAGAUCUGGUAUCUCUCCUUAGACAAAACUAGUGGUUGUGGGUUUCAAACAAAACAAAAGUACAGAUUUGGGUGGUUUAGUAUGAAGCUGAAAUUGGUGGGUGGUGACUCUGCUGGUGUUGUUACUGCCUAUUAUAUGUGUACAGAUAUUGAUGCAUCACCAACAAGGGAUGAACUAGAUUUUGAGUUUUUGGGGAACAGAACAGGAGAACCAUAUUUGAUUCAGACAAAUGUGUAUAAAAAUGGAACUGGAGGAAGAGAAAUGAGGCAUGUUUUAUGGUUUGAUCCUACUCUGGAUUAUCACACCUACUCAGUCCUAUGGAACGAUCAUCAGAUUGUAUUUUUUGUUGAUCGGGUACCAGUAAGAGUAUACAAGAACAAUGGCAAACCCAACGACUUCUUCCCAAACGAGAAGCCAAUGUACUUGUUCUCUAGCAUAUGGAACGCCGAUGAUUGGGCAACGAGAGGCGGUCUCGAGAAAACUGACUGGAAGAAGGCACCAUUUGUGUCCGCCUACAAGGACUUCAGUGUUGAUGGGUGCCAAUGGGAAGAUCCUUACCCUGCUUGUGUUUCUACCACAACCAAAAAUUGGUGGGAUCAAAACCCUUCUUGGCACCUAAGUGAUUCUCAAAAGAAGGAUUAUGCUUGGGUGAAACGAAAUCUUGUUAUAUAUGAUUAUUGUGAAGACGCAGAAAGAUACCCUACACCAAUGGAAGAGUGUGCUUUGAGUCCUUGGGACUAACAUAACAUGGAAAUAUAAGCAACAUUUUCUUGCAAUUUUAUCAUCAUGGCUUAUAGUAGCUUAUUUUGUAUCAAUUUUUUUUAGUAUUUUUGGGUAUCUAGAAUGUGUAUUGUAUUAUUCUUUAUUAUUUAUAAAUUUUUAAUUUUGUCCCA